GGUGGCUAAGAAAUUGAUAACAGGAAUUAUGGCACAAAAAUAAGUUUAAAGGGAGGUCCAAGUAUAAAUCCAAACAACUUGUUAGAAAUCGAAGAGCUGAGCCAUAAACAUCAAAUGAAACUACCGUUGAGAGAAUAACGAAUAUAUUUUCUAUGAGUUUAUGGAUAACUAACCCGCUAAAAAGGAGUCUAUGGAUAAUAAAAACCGAAAAGGUCGCAGCUUUGUACUGGAACGAGAGGAGCGCGUCUCGAUCGAGGGACGCCAAAGGAUUUACAUAAAGAACACCCAGAAGAAGGUGAGGGAACUCUUCCGUCAUCCAUCGGUUGGUGUGUCCAGUUACACCACCAAAGAGGCGGAAGUAGAGCGAUCAUCCUCCUCGCUGGGUGUUGAGAAAAUCCAGCGAACCCGAGAGCAGGUUGAUAGGCUGUACCGGAAGAUCGAACAUGAGAUAGACAAGUUGAAAGACUUUCGCAGGCAUUUCCUUAAAGGCAUAGACACAGGGAGCAGAUCUAGGACUCCGGAGAUGGGGAAGAACAUGACCUGGGGGCAGAGCUUGGAGGCGAAUCAAGCCAAAGUCAGUCCCCUGGCCGCCAAAAGAAGUCCUACUUCUAGUCCUCGAGCGAAAGGAAGGUUGCACAAAUGUCGCACUAUUGAAGUCAAGAAUUCGCCGGCAAUUGAAUCUCCGGAACUUCCCCUAAGAGUCAGUGGAGGGUGCUCUUAUUGUUAUAGAAACUGCGAUCGGACAAUCUACCAGAACACCUAUGGAAAUUGUACCUGCCAUUGUCAUUGCUCCUGCAGUUACAAAAUGGGAUACCCUCAAGAGUUCUGCGCUUGCAAUACGUUUAAUGGAGAGAUUUUACCCAAUCAGGGUAACCAGUUUGGGAUACCUUAUAACAUCUGUCCUCGUCAAACUUUCGGGAGAGUGGUCACCGAUCUGAAUACCCAGGAACUUUGCCAGAAUUUGUGCCCUAAACUAACGACGGAUCGCGCAUCAUCACCAAAGGUUCGAAAGGAUUGCUCAACCCGUGCCAAGUCUCCAGAGAGAAAGCCGUUGGCUAGGAGUGCAAAGUGUACAACGAACAAGAAACCGGAAGGUCUCAUCAAGACUGAGACUACCUCAGCAUCAUUAGCCCAAAACAAGACGAAGAGUUCUGAAAAGCCCCUUACCCUGAAGAAAGAGCAGGAGUCUUCAGAGGAUGGUAACAAAGGAAUACCGAAAGUAAAAUCUGAGAAUGUGACAGUCAGCGAUGUUGUGACUUCGAAGGCUGUUAUCAGUGAUGCUGAUCCUUCAAAGCUUUGCAGCGAGGAAAAACCGGAUGAAUCGAAGGUCCGCAUGUACCACGAUUAUUUGAAUCUGUAUAAACAGGAGAAUUCCAGGAGUGAGCUCGAAGGACGCGCUGCUCUGCAGUCGAUUCCCACAUACACAAGGAUGCCAGUUAAAGAUGAGGUCAAGACGGAUGUGGACCAAAAGCCAACUAUAAAACAACCUGCGGACUCACCUCCUUUGUCCGAUUCGGAUAGGAUUAAGGAUCAGGUAAUGGGAAACGGGAAUUCAAAGGAAGAUCAAGAAGUUCAAGAAUCCAAGGAAGAUCCCUGCUGUUGUGAUGCUGGUCAGAAUACACUUCAAGGUCAAAGUAGUACUGAUGAACGCAUAAUAUCAACUCAGGAUUACUGUUGCUGUGAUGUAUUCGAAGGAACACUGAACACUGGUGAUCAUAACCAGGAUAGUCAUGUUGAAAGAACUGCUCACCACCAAUUGACGGAUGUGGGAUCCCCUAGCUCGUCUCCAGAAAGUGGUCCUGUUCAUUCUUAUAAGGAGAGACGUCCAGCCCAUAGUCAUGGUCGAUGUGAUGAAGAAGGCUACAGUUCUCCGGGAAAUCUGAAACAGCAAGCUGAUAACAGGUACUUAGACGACGCAAGGCCUGUUGCCUCCUGGAACUACAUCAAUAUACCUAUGUCCCACGAUGACAGAAACCAGCAUAAGACUGGGAGUGCCCCAAAAGUUAGUCGCAUGCAUUCCCAGCAAUCGAAUUCCUAUAGGUGUAAGGAUAAAGAUUCAACGGUAAUAAAGCAGGAAAUGCGGGAGUUCUCCAAGGAGAGAGUAUUGAUUCAGGCAAUUCCGAAGGAAAAGAGAAGCCACAGCUUUCAGCGAUCACCUUCUGCCCAAAACAUAGAAAACACUAGUUAUGCCUCUUUUGCUCCUCAAUAUCAAAAAUGUCUUCCAGAGAUGCAAGUCCAAAGAGAAGCGAGGAAGAUGCAAGAAAAGUUUCCCUGUCAUGAGCAAAGACCAAUGCAAACAAAGAUGCAGCCCAGAAUCGAAAAGGCUUCAGAGCAACAUCAUCGGAAACAAGUUAAUCCAACUCCACCAAAUCCAUCUCGAAUUCAAAAUUCUUCAUCAGACCUUAUGGUUUCCUCGCAAUGUGAAAGUGCUGAAACUAUAGUUAAAAAUCCAAAUCAGCAUAUCCGAAAUAAUUAUAACGAUAACGAAAUUAACGAUUAUAGUCUUCACGACAGAUUCGUAAAUUCCAAUCAUAUGAAGCAACAUACUUCUAAGAAAUUCGAACCACCGGAAAAUUCUCCUAGGUAUAGAUCAGAUUAUGGUCAUGUCUAUGAUAAAAGUAAUUACGAGGCAUUGGAUUGCAGGCAAGAUGAUCUAAGACAGCCUUCCUAUAGGAUACCAAGGGAAACACAGAAAUCUCAUGAUAAUUCAUCCCAUGUCAGCUACAAACAGACUAUUCCAAGCCAUCCUCAAAAUCCCCAUUUUAGGCAGCACAGUCCCAGAAAUCCAAAAGACUCUUUUGGACCAGUCAGUCAAAAGCCUUGGAAAGAAUACAAUAGUCAGAUAUCGCCAGCUGAAGCCCAUCCAAGAAGUCAGAGUCCAAACAGAAACUAUCGACCUAACGACCAGUCUUCAAGUUCUCACUCCUAUUUGGAUCACAGCCAAUCCGAUUACCAGUGUUCUGAGUGUCAGGAAACUUACAAAACCCUUGAGCAAAUUCAAGAUAUGCGUAGAAACGUGGACCAUUAUCAAACUUUCAAUAAUGACCGCAUUGCCAGGGAAUCCCGUACCGAAUAUUCAAGUUUUCCCGAUCAGAUUGAUUUUGAAUACGACAGAUAUAACGGAAAGCAGUUUAAAAACCCUGUUCAGGUUUAUAAUCAACAUUCCCCGAGGUCGUGCAUGUCAUCGCCAAGACGAUCUUCUCCCGUUAAAGAUGGGCCAGUUCCACUUUUGGAGACCGUCUGUGAAAAACGCACUCGAACAGUCACUUUUGAAGACGAUAGUGGGGAUCUGACCAAAGAGGAACAUAUGAAGGAAACCUGUCGCAGUCUUAUCGAUUGGGAGCGCGCCGUUAAAUACCACAUGGUAGAGCAGGACGCUGAUAAGGAUAACACUGAUGAUAACUACACUGGCAGAUCCAGCAGUUCUGGGGAGCACACCUGCCUGGAGUCCACCUACGAUGAUGACUUCGCCAGCUGCGAGGAGGGGGAUCCCCAGAGCAACUAUAGGCGGGUGCCGCCAUACGAUGCCUGCCCCUGCAUGUACCAGACCUAUAUGAAUCUGGCCGCCAUGUGUCAAGACGGACGCUUCAUUCAGUGAAAGUUGCAUCAAGUUUUU